AUGGAUUGGUACUCUUGGUUAUCAAAAUGUAAUCUUGAGCCAUCCAUUAGUUAUGAGUAUGGUUUAGCUUUCACCAGGAAUGAGCUAGAGAAAGAUGAUCUGGUCUACUUUAACCAUGAAUUCCUCAAGAGUUUGGGCAUCAAUGUAGCUAAACAUCGGUUGGAGAUAUUGAAGCUUGUUAGGAAGGAACUUGGAGGGAGCCAAAAUGGGUUGUCUAAGCUUGUGUUGGCAUUCAACAAAACCAAAAAACUCUUCACAAGGAAAGUUGGCCGAUGGGCUUUUCAUCAGAGCAAGAAUUCAACUCAGUCCGAAAUGAUUUCGACAACAGACUUGUGUGCUUACCCGAGUCACUGGAGUGGAGCACUCAGAAGGCUCAGUAGCUCAAAGGAAGAUUACAAGCCUGCAGUGAUCACAACAAGCAACAAGAAUGUGAUGAUGAAGUCAGGGCCUUUAGACAGAAGAGUAAUGCAACAGGAGAGGAUGCUGAUGAACAAUAGAUGUUUGAGCAUAUCAGGGCCUCUGGAUGGGAAGCUACAAGACAAGUGGAUGCUUGCAAAUUUGAGCCCAAUGAGGACAAGUACUAACGGAAUACCUGAUGGAAAAGGAAGAGAAAGGUUUGGUUUCGCAACCAGGAGUCCUACCCUAACAACAACAACAACUCCAUGGGAUGGAAGAGGUUUGAGCCCAAUUCUUAAUCACUAUUAUGAGAGAAAGGUGGGGUGUGUUGAUGAUGGUCCUUCACUAUGGUCCUUAAUGUUUCAGGAUCUGAAACCCACUUGA